AUGAGCUCGCAACCCACAACGUUCUUCCGAUGGAAAGACCUCCCACCAGAGCUCAGAGGAAAGGUGUUCGACAUGAUAUUCGAAGUUCUACCGGGGCCACAGAUACCUGAUAAUUUGGAACCUUUCUGCGAACUUAGAGUGGAAAGCAACAGAGACGGCGAUUUCGCUAUGACCAUGUAUCAUGAGGUGAACCGCAUCAUGACUCCAAGCAAUAUGUGCGAAUGGCGAGAAUACAAUCGUAGCCAACUAAAUAGGGUCCAACACCUCUACCUCAUGUUUAAUCAAGACACUUCGUCUGAAGAUGCCCUUCUCCUCGACCGCAAUCCACUGAGCCAGAACAACAAUCUCCACUCAGUCAUCAUCGAUCUGACGCGUAUUGGCUACUUUUCUAAAUACCUUGUUCGGAAUGUCUGGGAAGAUACUCUUGUUCCAAUGAUUAAACUUUUGAUUCUUGCUUCGCAUGGUUGUGUUAACAAGAUCAGUAUAGUAUUCACGCGCCCUCCUGGUUGUAGGAGACGCCUGGUAAAGCGCAUGCUUUGCGAGAAUCUGUCUCUAAGGCUUGACCCGGAUAUUUGGUACCUGUGGCUAUUGAGCUCGGAGGAUGUAGCUAGAACUGCCCAGAAAUGA